GACUAUUUCUGAUAUACCCUCAACUUCACCAUGUAUGCUACAGUAAAUUAAAAUAUACUAAUAGCACAAAUCUUUAUAAAUUUAAGAAGUUUAGCCCUCAUUUCCCUCACUAGACUCCUCAAGAUGUAUAGCCAAAAAAAGAAACCUUCACUUUUGCUUCCUCUUUCAUCUAUUUUCUUGCUCACAUUCUUCUUUUUCCCAAAAUUAUUAGUAUCAUCAAGUAGUACUCCACAAACUCAUGUUGACAAAAACAUAAUCAAAAUUGCAAAUUCACAUUGCCAAGGUACACUUUAUCCACAACUUUGCAUUUCAACACUUUCAUUAAUCCCAAAUCUUGAACAAAAAUCAAUCCCACAAAUCAUUUCUUCCAAUGUCAAUGUAACUUUAAAUGAAGUCAAAUCCUCUUCUCAACAUUGCAAUAACAUCCUUCACAAGAUGUCCAAAUUGGAUCCUAAUGAGAAAAGAGCUUUAUAUGAUUGUAUUGAACUCUUAGGUGAUAGAACUAUUGAUGAGUUACAAACUACUCUUUAUGAUCUUUCAACAAAAAAUGGUACAAAUUCACCUUCAAAGCAUUAUAAUGAUCUCCAAACACUUCUUAGUGGUGCAAUGACAAAUCAAGAUACUUGUAUUGGUGGAUUUUACAAUAGUAAUCACAACUUGACUCAUUACUUUGAGAAGGAUUUGAAAACCAUAUCUCAACAUGUGAGCAACUCACUUGUUAUGCUCAAGAAGUUAAAGACCAGGUCGACUCAAGGGUCGUCAUCAAACUCCAAUGAAGUCUUCCCGGAAUACGGGGAAAUGAAAGAUGGACACCCAAAAUGGUUGAAAAAAAGGGACAGGGCGCUUUUACAAGCUCCGGUGAACCAAAUUAAGUUCGAUUUGAUUGUGGCUAAGGAUGGUAGUGGUAAUUUUACGACUAUUAACGCGGCAUUAAGCGCGUCACCAAAUUCUAGCAAUACAAGAUUCGUGAUAUACAUUAAGGCGGGAACGUAUUUUGAAUAUAUCGAUGUAGAAAGGAAGAAAACUAUGAUAAUGUUCGUUGGCGAUGGGAUAGGAAAAACAACGAUAAAGGGUAAUCGAAAUGUAGUCGAUGGAUGGACAACUUUUCGAUCAUCUACCGUUGCUGUGGUGGGAAAUGGAUUUCUAGCAAGGGGCAUUACAUUUGAGAACUAUGCUGGCCCUAGCAAGCACCAAGCUGUGGCUCUAAGGAGUGGCUCAGACUUCUCUGCCUUCUACCAAUGUAGCUUUGUUGGCUAUCAAGACACACUCUAUGUCCACUCUCUUCGACAAUUCUAUCGCGAUUGCGACGUCUAUGGAACGGUCGACUUCAUUUUCGGUAAUGCAGCUGUUGUUUUCCAGAACUGCAAUUUAUACGCUCGUAAACCCGACCCGAAUCAGAAAAACAUCUUCACAGCACAAGGAAGAGUGGAUCCAAAUCAAAAUACAGGAAUAUCAAUCUUGAAUUGCAAAGUAGCAGCAGCAUCAGACUUAGUUCCUGUACUAUCAUCAUUCAAGAAUUACCUAGGUAGACCAUGGAAAGAAUAUUCAAGAACUGUAUAUCUCUUGUCCAACAUUGAUAGUUUAAUUGAUCCUGCUGGUUGGUUGGAAUGGAAUGGUGAUUUUGCAUUGAAGACACUUUAUUAUGGAGAGUAUUUGAACCGGGGACCCGGUUCAAAUACUGAAGGUAGAGUGAAAUGGCCCGGGUACCGGGUCAUCAAUAGCUCUACCGAGGCGAGUCAGUUCACGGUUGGGAGUUUCAUACAGGGCGGUGAGUGGAUACCGGCUAUCGGGGUGCCAUUUUAUACCGGCUUAACUUCCUAGUGAUGCAAAACGAGGCAGAUUCAGAAUUUUAUAAAGUUAGUGGGUGCUGAGAGGCAAUAUAAGAAGUAUAUGGUCAUAAAUAAAAAAAUAAUAUCAGAAUGAAUUUGUUGGCAGACCAAUUUAUUUCAAGUUGUAUGGUGCAUGUCGCAUGACAACAGUCGCAACAAUCACCACCAGUCUAUUUAUUGCUUGUAUUUAUUUAUCUCCGAAUAUUUUUCACAUCAUCUUAAAGGUAAUUUUAAAUGAGUUUGUUGGCAAACUUAUGUAUUUCAUGUUGAAUGGUGUAACAUAUAUAUAAACAAUUGCAACAAUCACCAGUUUGGUAUCAAA